UAUCCAUGAUGAGGCCUCAAUCUAGCUCUAUGACAACUCCGAUAUAGUCGAUAUUUCUAAAUUGACGAAAUGUCACAUGCGUUUACUUAUAUCAGUGCAUGCAUAACAAGCUAACCAUUACGACACGUCUAUUGUAUCAAUAUAGUAUUGUAUUUACCUCACAUAGCAAAUUAACAAUUCCAUUUUCCGUUGACCUGCAUACAAAAAUUCCUCACGUCGUGGGCAGAUUUUGGUUGGAGUAAAAGCUCUCGCUUCACCUUUUCCUCUCUGUAGCUGCACAUGUAACUACGCGAUUCACAUUGUUGCUAGCAUAUUUAAACCAAAUUAUUAGCAUAUUACUUAGAUACAAAGUUUAAAUCAUCCGCAGAAGUCAGACUCUGUUUAGUUUUCGCAAACGUUUGAGAAUGUUGAGCAGUGUUUCUCUCCGGGCUCAGAUCGCGUCCAUCAUAGAGGUACUUUCUAAAACUGCAGUUUCAGAAAUUAGCAAAGUAGUCGACGAUGGCAUAGUUGUGUUACGUGUGGAAAUGUGUCGACGGGAAAAUGAAAUCAACGUCCUGAAAAAUAAUGUACAACAACUUGACAGCGAGCUUCGAAGAGCUCGAGGGAUUAAUGCUCGAAGACGCAUUCAUCAUGGUCGAUCAGUUGCUGCUGAGAAUUUUAGGAGAGGGCCUGGUAAAAGUGGUACCACUUGUGAGGGGAAGACCUCGCUUGAAAAACUGCAGCCUGAGGAAGAUUUUAAUGAAAAGGAUGAAGGAGUUGGACCUGCAGACGAGAUUCUGGUGAAGACUGAGCCAGGAGGAGAGGGUCAACAGGAAGAGCAGACUACAGGGAUAAAAGACAAGGAAGCGUCACGCAGCAGUGUUUUCUUUCCAGGGAAACCAUAUUUAGAGUCAGACGUCAGAGAGGAUAUGAUUUUACAGCUCAGACGGCAGCAACGCCAUCGGCAGUCAGACGCGCUCAGGAGAACAAGCAACGCCACAGUACAGUCAAACCCAGACCCUCAAUGUGUAUUGGGUUCUGACCCAAAUUAUAACACGACAAGGAGAGCGAGCAACCGAAUAUUUUGUCAGGUUAAGAAACACUUCAUUUGCACACUGUGUGGAAAGAGUUUUGAACGUUACGGCCAUCUUGAAAGACAUCUGCGAAUUCAUACGGGUGAGAAACCGUACAGUUGUGACAUAUGUGGAAGGUGUUUCAACCAGAAGGGUAGCCUCAAAGGACAUCUGAAGACUCACAGAGUAUCGAUGGACGGACUAGCUAACAGUGAAGAGAAGCCUCUCCUGGAUGGACGUCAGUCUGAGGAAGAACAGAUGAACGAGAAGGACGAAGUGUUCCAAACUGCUCCUCAGAUGCCCAUGAAGUCUGAGCCAGGGGAGGAGAAGGAUGCAUUCCAGACACUAGAUCAUAAAGCAGGAGAACAGACUGCAGGAAGAGCAGAACAGCAACUGGAUGAUGACUUGUCAACGUACGAGAGAGACGGCCGGCCGUGGAUGUCCAGUUCACAAGCAGACAACGAUAUGGAGACGAGCAAUUCAGAAUAUUUCAGCAGUUCAGGUCAGAACUCCAAGUGUCUCACUGAUCACUCUCCUGUACUUCCUGUCCCAGGAAGGGUGGAGGUGUCAUGUAGCAGUGCUUCAUCUCCAGGGAAACCAUAUGUAGAUGUCAGCGAGGAUAUGAUUUUACAGCUCAGACAGCAACAUUAUGGACCUUCAGACACACUCUUGAUAGCAAGUGACGGUACAGUACAGCCAAACUCGCAGGUCACGGACGGGGCUUCUCUGAACCAUCCUCCCAUCUUCUCCAGUUGUCCGGAAAGGAAUGUGAAAACCUUCCAAGGAGUCACCAAGGACAAGAAGUGCUUCAUCUGCUCGUUCUGUGGGAAGGUUUUUGAGCGUGUUGGUCAUCUGGAAAGGCACCAGCGAAUUCAUACGGGUGAGAAACCGUAUAGUUGUGACAUAUGUGGAAGGUGUUUCAACCAGAAGAGUAGCCUCAAAGGACAUCUGAAGACUCACAGAGCAGACGAUGCUGACAUGCUAACGGGACAAUCUCUGCUUGAUGAUACGAAGCCUGACUUUUAUCCUAGACCCUCGGAGAACCCAGGGGAACCGAGGGAUCAGCCCUCACCUGGUGAAGCACAGCCUAGCUCCGGGCACAGUGAGGAGGAGGAGGGCAGGGGGCAGGGGUUGGUGGGGGGAGCAGAGAAAGAGAAGCAGUUUGAAUCCCAGAUACUCAGUCAGUCAGGACCUCAACACCAACAAAGUACAGAGCGACAAGGUUACCAGGACGACCCAGAGUAUGUCAUGGAUGAGAGGGAGAGUCAGCUGUGUAGAUCUUUCACAGAGAGGCACAGUGAUGAGAGGGAGAGUCAGCUGUGUAGAUCUUUCACAGAGAGGCACAGUGAUAUGGAGUCUGGAUCACUAAAUCCAGGUUGCUCCUCCGAUGCGACAAAGCAGCAGAACUCCCAUCCUGUUUCACCCAGUGUCAAAUACCAUCACAGUCCUUUUGAUGGACUGCAGCACCACCACGGGUUCUAUACGUCAGCUUCUAGAGAGGUGGAACUUCAACACUUGUCUUUUCAGCAUGAGAAAGACAAGUUGGAUGUGAUUGAGCAAGAGCAGUAUGCAGGGGUGGUUCUACAUGCAAGGAACAGGGAGGAUGGUGAUGGAACAGUACUACCUAGGUUUCAGGACCGGGUACCACCGUCACCACUACCUGUAGAGGAGGAAACGUCAAUGAGAGCGUACAUCACAGAACCAAACUACAGUCAAGAGGGGAUUUUAUUUGCCCUUGGCAUAGACAGUUUUGACAGUACAGAGGGAACCAGUGCCACUACAGACGACACAGGAAAUAGAUGUUUCAUAUGCUCCUUCUGUGGAAAGAGUUUUGAUCGCCAUAGUCAUUUUGAAAGACACCUGCACACUCAUACUGGUGAGAAGCCCUACAGCUGUGAGAUAUGUGGUAAGACUUUCACUCAGAAGAGCAGCCUGAAAGCUCAUCAGAGACUUCAUACAGGUUAAUCAAGGGCCAAAGAGUCUUAUGUGUGUUCCAAAUGGCACCCUAUUCCUUAUUUAGUGCACUACUUUUUAGGGUAUGAAUUGCCAUUUGGGGGACACACUUACUGAAAGUUGUUUUAAAAGGAACAAUUGAGUAGUUCUUUGUUUUAAUGUCAUCAGGUAUCAUCUCUCUCAUAAUGUAAAAGUGUUUUUAAGAAAAACUUUUCUGCAUCAACCUUAUGGAUCAUUUAUCCAAUUUAACAUGUAAGCUACAUAUCCAUUUUUGUUUGUUUGUGAAGACCUUGAUGGUAGGGUUGCCUCUUUAACCCUUGAUCAUGACUCUGUUGCAUUACAUUACACAUGAGUCAUUGGAUUAAGCGUCUUCUGUUCGGGGAAGUUUUAAGAGCCCAGACAUCCGGUCUGAACAUUACCACGUGUCGCUUGUGGUACAGUUUUGGAAGCAUAAGGAUCAUAUCAGUGAGAAAAUACAUUUUUAAAAGUUAAAUUGAUACCUUUUUUUAUAGGGUUAGUGUUUCCACAAGGCUGAUUAGUGAUGAUCUCCUAACACCUGUGUGUAAAUGGAUGCCACCACAAACACAGAAAAAUACUGUCUUCUGCAACUGUAGAGAGUUUAUGUAUCUAGAACCAACUGCUGCAAUUGAGAAUAGAUUCACGUUUAGAUGGCGUGUUUGUCUGUUUUGGCUUCCAGACCCAAUUCGCCUCUAAACAGAACAUCCUUGGACAAUAAGCAGUAAAGUUAGGCUGUGUUAGUUCAUCAUUGGGCUAGUAGGUUGUAGUUCAAAUGAUUGAGUUUUUUACUCUUGCUAUCUUAACCCAGGAAAAUCAACCUCAUUUAUUUUUGCUUUGAUUUGUUUUUGUGGGGGGUUUCUGCUUGUGGAUUUCUGAAAUAAAUGUAAAAUUGUGAACGUCUCAA